UUUCCUGCGACACUGCAAGGCUAAAAACAACAGUUGUAUUUUUGCAGUCUCUUAUGGUUAUUUCUUGUUUUUUUUUCUUUCCGUAGGUUAGAAAAUAGUGCAGUAAUUAGUCUGAGUGUUUUACGGAUUUAAGUGGAGCUAUAAAACCGGAGAACCAACAGAAACAAGCUGCUUGACGUUAUAACAAAAAAUCUGUGCCCAUGGUGAUGUGAGGCGUCUCAUCCCUGGACCAUGGAGGAUUUCUCGGGCUUGGCUUUGCCUCCUCUGUUUGGGGGACAUAUCCUGGAGGCAGAGUUGGAGCCAGGAGAGGUUGAGCUGGGACCUGGAGAGGUUGAACUGGGCUCAGGGGACAAAGAGCUGCUGGAGAGUGCUGCACAAGAAGAUGAACAAAGGAGAGCUCUAGAUAAAAGGAAGUACCUCGCCCUGAGCCGGCGAUGUAAAGAAAUAGAACAGGUAAAUCAGAAAAUACUUGGGCGCCUUCAUCAAGUCCAAAGAAUAACGCGUCGACUGAAGAAGGAAAGACGUUUCCUCAUGAAGACUCUUGAUGCUCAUGGAGACGACUACAGAAAGGCUCAGCUCACCAUUCUGCUCGAGGAUGACUCUGGUCUAAAUCUGGACUCUAAUGCUCCUGCUCUGGACGAGGACAAGCUGAACGGGGGCUUGGUGCAAAACAGCACUGGGCAAAAGAAGAGGAGACACCGCAUCCCAAAGCAAGAAAAGGAUAAAGAACAACAGGCUGAAGCAGACGUGUCGGCGUUGGCUGAGACCCAGUUUGGAGAUGCUCCCAGCCCUCCCUCUUUGUCACUCUGCUCCUACAACACUGACUGAGACAAAACUCAAAAUAAUUAGAAAAUAGUAUUUUUUGUUUAGUUUCUAUCUGUUGUUUGUAUUCACUAGUGUAUUAGAAUGAUUAUACAGACUGACUUAAUUUGUGUGUAAAGAGUGUUUUUUUUUUUAACUGUACUAAAUCAUUAUGUUACAUUUUUAUACCAUAAUUGUUAACCAUUAUGACUCUGUAUGUACAUUUUUGUAAAGAAAGUUUUUUCUCAUAUGAUUCUCAAAUAUAAAUAGAAUUUUAUUUUUGUCAAAUGAA